AUGGUAAAAAAACCGGUAAAGAAGCCAGUGAAGAAGGUGACAAAUAAGAAGAUCAAAAAGAAGGAGAAGAGUCAGAAGAAAAAGAAAAACUUCUUGUCAUGCUGUUGCAGAAAAAAGGCUAAUAAAGGUAGGUUAUUUUUAAAAAUUUGUCUAAUAAAACUUUGGCUUACAUAUUUUUAUUUGAGUAACUUUAUAUUUUAAGGUUUUUAUGAUUAACUUAGACCUAAAAUAUAACUUAUCUAAAAAUAAAAUUUUUCAGCAUCAAAAAAACCGCCGUCGACUAAAAAAGGCCCCAAGGGACCUCGGAGGAAGGGCCCGUCCAGCAGAAGCAAGAAGAAGUCGGCCAGUUCAUCGAAGAAGCCGUCUCUUCGAACGCCAGUUGCUCCAAAAAGCAUUGACAUUACCCCUCUGGCCCAAACCAAGUCUCCCGACUCCAUCAAAGAAGCUACUCCAACAACACCAAAGCUUGUGGCUAAGAAGAGCAACUCGGAUGACUUGAAAAAGAACGAAAAGAAGGUAGAAGAUGUUAGGAGUCCGGCACAAGAAGAAAUGGAUAAGAAAAAAGUAGAUGAACAAAAAGAAAAGGAAAAACAGAAGAAUGAAGAAAAGGAAAAGACGGAUGAUGACAUUGAUAAGAUGGAUGAAGAGAAGUCCGGCAAGAACAAGAAGAGAAAGGAAGAUGAUAAGGGAAAGAACAAAGGAAGAAAAGAAAAGAAAGAGAAGAAGGAAGAUGAUAAAGAAGAUAAGAGCAAAAGCAAAGGAAGGAAAGAGAAGAAAGAAAAGAAGGAUGAUGAUGAAGGAGAUAAGGAUGAGAAAGUGAAGAGUAAAGGACAGAAAGAGAAGAAAGAUGAUGAUGAUGAAGAAGAGAAAGGCAACAAAAGGCAUGAUAAAGGAAAGAAGAAAAAGAAUGAGACGACCAAGGAUGAAAUGGUAAGUUUUUUUCAUAUCUUCGGUGAUUUAUAUAAUGAUAAACAAUAUCUCCAUAAUGUUUUUGAAUUCAAACAUUUUCGAAAAUUUCAAAAAUUUAAAUUUGAAAAUUUCAGCCCAAGAGCGAGCAAAAGACUGAGAAUUCGGAGGACAUGGAAUGCCCGGUCAUCUCCCGUGGCCAAACACUGAUCUCCAAGUACUUUAUCAGAGACGGAAGAGUCUACAGAAGCCUCACCAUCUCUGCUUGGUACCCAAAGCCAGAAGUUUGA